UGGUGAUCGAGCGUAGAUUGCGGGAGCUAGGGGUAAGUGCGUGCGCAGGCGCAAACGUCAAAGAGCGCCGAGCGGUCGAUUGGGAGCGCGGCGCCGCGGGUCCCCCCGACCGGCAGAGCGAGCGCAGGUCUCUGCUGUGGCCACCUGAGCCCUACAAGAUGUUUCACGGGAUCCCAGCCACUCCAGGCAUGGGAGCCCCUGGAAACAAGCCGGAGCUAUAUGAGGAGGUGAAGCUGUACAAGAACGCCCGGGAACGGGAGAAAUAUGACAACAUGGCGGAGCUGUUUGCGGUUGUGAAGACAAUGCAGGCUCUGGAGAAGGCAUACAUCAAGGACUGCGUCACCCCCAACGAGUACACUGCAGCCUGUUCUCGGCUCCUGGUCCAGUACAAAGCCGCCUUCCGGCAGGUUCAGGGCGCAGAAAUCAGCUCCAUUGAUGAAUUCUGCCGCAAGUUCCGUCUGGACUGCCCACUCGCCAUGGAGAGGAUCAAAGAGGACCGUCCUAUCACCAUCAAAGAUGACAAGGGCAACCUGAACCGCUGCAUUGCAGACGUGGUCUCGCUCUUCAUCACGAUUAUGGACAAACUGCGCCUGGAGAUCCGUGCCAUGGAUGAGAUCCAGCCUGAUCUGCGGGAGCUGAUGGAGACCAUGCACCGCAUGAGCCACCUGCCCCCCGACUUCGAGGGCCGCCAGACCGUCAGCCAGUGGCUGCAGACCCUGAGCGGCAUGUCGGCCUCUGAUGAGCUAGAUGACUCCCAGGUGCGCCAGAUGCUCUUUGACCUGGAGUCGGCCUACAACGCCUUCAACCGCUUCCUGCAUGCCUGAGGCCCCCUGUCCCGGGGUCUGGGGAGGAAGGCUGUCCGGUGGGCCCGGUGGAGGGGCUGCAGCUGCGCUCCACGCUCGACCCCUGGAUGGUCUGCAUGCGCCUUGCUGUUCAUAGCAGCUCCUCUGUCCACCCCAGAGCUCUCUCCCUGCCCUCCCCACAAUAAAGAUGCUUUCUCACCCCCCA